AUGUUCAUCGUCAUAUAUCUCGAUCAAAAUCCAUGGAGAAAAUCAGUUCAAAAAGGAAACAAAGGUAUUGGACUUGAGAUUUGCCGUCAAUUGGCCUCAAACGGCGUUACCGUCGUACUAACUGCUAGAAACGAGAAUCGAGGUAUUGAAGCUAUCGAAAAUCUCAAAGUCUCUGGCCUUGACGAUGUCGUUUAUCAUCAACUUGACGUGAAAGAUCUGAUGAGUGUUGGUCGGUUGGCCAAAUUCGUCGAAUCUCAAUUCAAAAAGCUCGAUAUCUUGGUCAAUAAUGCAGCUGAAAGUGGAAUAAUCGUGAAGUAUAACGAAUUUAGGGUCUUCAAAGAUGGAGCAGGAUAUGAACAAGUGUUUGACGAAAACGCACAUCUUUUAACUGGGAUUUUGGAACAACCUUACGAUUUGGGAGAAGAUUGUAUGAGAACAAAUUACUAUGGAACUAAAGGAGUAACCGAAGCGUUUCUUCCACUUCUUCAUCUCUCUGAUUCACCAAGAAUAGUCAACGUUUCUUCUAAUUAUGGAGAACUACAUUGGAUCCACAAUGAGAAGGUGAGAGCAGAGUUUCAAGAUAUUGACAAUCUUACUGAAGAAAGAAUUGAUGAGAUCAUCGAAUGGUUUUUGAGGGACUUGAAAGACAAUAAUGUAUCGGAAAACGGUUGGCCUUUAACGGUUGCCGCAUAUAAAGUUUCAAAAGCUGCAGUUAAUGGUUACACAAGGCUUUUAGCAAGAAAGUUUGGUAAUAUUCUUGUGAAUUGUGUUCAUCCAGGUUAUGUGAUAACUGAUAUCACAUCUCAUACGGGGCACUUGACCCCAGAAGAAGGUGCUAGAGCUCCGGUCAUGGUUGCUUUGUUGCCGGAUGAUGGUCCUUCUGGAGUCUAUUUCAAUCAAAUGAAUAUAUCCUCAUUUUGAUAAUAUGAAAUGUUUCUAAGAAGUUGAUGAAAUUUGGUGUUUUCUUUGAAUAAAUCUAGAAAUAAUAUAAAUGAUUGGGUUUUAAAUGUUGCAAUCUAUAACUGUAUUAAACUCUAAUGUUGGGUAUAAUAAGUAUUUGUGUUUGGUAUAUUUUAUUUUAAUUUAAUUUUACAAAACCAUUUUGUCGG